CCUUGCAAGUAGUAAUAUGAUUUUCUUUAUAAACAAGAAAGUUGAAGAUUUUGUGACUUCACUUUCACACAUUCAUAGUUUUGGACAAUUGGCCAAACCUCAUCAUCAAUCAAACAAACACAUCACUUUCCUUUUCCAAUAUCUUUCUCUUCUUCUUCUUCUUCUUCCUCAAAAUCUUCUCUUCCAUAAACUAAUUAAUAAGCUUCUAUUAGUUUCAUCUUCAAUUCUUCUCUUUUGAAAAUAACAUAUAUGGCUGGCAAUAAGUUGUGGACUUUGCUCACACACCUUCAUUCCCUUGCUGGGCCGGUUUUGACGCUAGUGUACCCUUUGUAUGCAUCGGUGGUAGCCAUAGAAUCUCCAUCAAAGGUAGAUGAUCAACAGUGGCUUGCUUAUUGGAUCAUCUAUUCGUUUCUCACACUUGCGGAAAUUGUUCUUGAAUCUCUUUUAGAGUGGGUUAUAAUUUGGUAUGACGUGAAGUUAUUAUUUGUGGCAUGGUUGGUAUUGCCACAAUUCAUGGGUGCUGCUUUCUUGUAUGAGAGGUUCGUCAGAGAGCACAUACGAAGAUAUGUUACUGGAAGGGGCCAGGCCCACAACCAUCCCAGUUUGAUCCAGGCCCAGCCCAAGAUUCACAAGCAACAAACCAAGAAAUCUCCCACUGGGUCCAAGCCCAGGAAGAAGUUUGUUGACUUUAUCAUACCCAAGAAA